AUGAAACGCAUUAUGCAGAGAUUUUCGGUAAAUAAUUCACUAUUGGCGCGCGACGUUGCAAUACCGCCUUUUGCUAUUAAUAUGGAUAGUAUUGCUGCUACAUAUAAAUCGUCAUAUUGUAGUAAUGCAGGAAUGAAAAUACAGACUAGCGAUAAUUCCAGCACAGUCGAGAAGAAACCUAUUUUCAAACCUAAAAAGGUUUUGAUUCUAUCUAAAUUAACACGGUUGGAAUAUGAAAGGCAAAAUCAUCCAUUUCUUGACGAAACUCAGUUGAAAAAAGCGCUGGCACGACGAGGAUCUAACUAUGAUAGGCUUCGGAGGCGUUAUGAUGAACACUACCGGUUUUUAAAUGUUGUGAUAGGUGAACUAAGAGCUUGUGGUAUCGAAACUCGAACUGUACAGAAAGUCGAUUAUAAUAAUGCUGCAGUUUCAUGGGCUGAUGCUAUAUUUUCUGCGGGUGGUGAUGGCACAUUUCUUCACGCAGCUUCAAGAAUUUUAUCGGCGGAGAAACCUGUGAUAGGGAUAAAUACCGAUCCUAUGGGCUCAGAGGGCCAUCUUUGUUUGCUGAAGAAACUAUCGCACGAAUAUUUCAGAGAUGCCUUAAAACGAUUACUUGCUGGUGAUUUCAGGUGGUUAUAUCGACAACGUAUACGCAUACGUCUGGAAGGUGAUGUUGGAGAUAUCAAACCGUUUUAUUUGCAUGAAGAGCAGCUUCCUUUUUAUAACUCAAAAAAGCAGGAGAUGUUGAAAUCAACGAGAAUAUCAGGAAACAUUGCUGAAGAACAUGUGAAUGUGUUGUCAGAUUUGGCUUUAAAUGACGUUUUUAUCGGAGAGAGCUUAUCAUCACGUGUUUCGUAUUAUGAAAUUCAGUAUGAUGAUAGUGAGAUGGUGAAACAAAAAAGCAGCGGUGUUAUAAUAUGUACAGGAUCUGGCUCGACUUCUUGGUAUUUCAAUGUAAACAAGGUGACUGACCACUGUGUAUCUAGUAUCCUGGAUAUCGCUUCAAAGGAGAUCGGAUGUACGACACUGACAGAAGACAAAUCAUUAAUUCAGAGGAUUCGUGACAUUUAUAAUAGUCGUCUGCUGUUUACUCCAGACUGUAAAAAUAUGGCCUACUGCGUUCGCAAUCCAAUAUAUAAUGCAACAUAUCCAGAAUUCCCACCUCGUGGUCUAGUAAAGCGUUUACGACUACAUUCACGUUGUUAUGAUGCUCAUCUGGUUGUUGAUGGUCGAGUUGCGUACAGAUUUAAUGAUGGUGCUGAAGCAGUACUUGAGAUUCAUCCUAAAGAUGCGCUGAAAACGGUUGUGUUUCGAUGA